AUGCCCACUGUGGGGUCAGAAGAGUCUGUAAUGGUACGAUAUGAACAAGAACAACGUCAACAAAGAAGUACAUGUCCCAGAAAAGCAAGAUCAAUACAUAAUGAUGCUAUAUUGAUUGGUGCCAAACAAAAUUAUAUGUGUGGUCAUAUAAGUUCACCAAGUGGUUUCACAUAUGGUAAUUCUGAUAAUGAUUUUAUCCCGAUUCGCAAUAAUAAAAAAACGAAGAUCCAUCAUCAGACAACUACUGGAUCUGAGACCGAUUCUUCUUCAUCGUACACUGUCCAGAGUCAGACUACAUCAACAAAUACAGAUAGUGUUACUGAUUCAACAUCGUCUUAUUUACAUAUAUCCAAUCAUCGGUCAAAUAAUAUUCGCUCAAACGUUAUCAUCAAUGGUAUAUCACAACAAGCUCGUAGAUUUGCUGAAACAAGAUAUGCUUUUCCACCUUUCAUUAUUAAAUUUAAUCAGAAUGUUACAGAAAAUGUUAUUAUCCAAGAUCUUGAACAACAUUAUAAAAAUAUUAAUAAUAUUAAUAUCGAAUUUGACGGUUAUCGAUUGAAAUUAAAACAUGAUUUGUUAUUGUUUGUUAAAAAUCGAGAGUCGUUUGCGGCACUAUUCGAUGAAAAAACUUGGCCACAAACGUUAGGUACUUUGAAAUUUACUCGGGUUUCACCAAAACAUCUACCUCCACAAUUUUCCAUUGUUCUACGUAAUGUACCAAUUGAUCUUAGUGCUGACGAUUUGUUAAGAGAUAUACAAGUGGAUCAUUUGGAUGUUAUCAACGCAUUUAGAAUCAUAAACAAAGAAAAGCAACCAACAACAUUAGUUCGUUUAGAUAUUAGUAACCCAAAGACAAUGAAUGAUCUUCUACGCAAGAAGUUUAUUUAUGUUAAUAAUGUUCGCUAUUCAUUGAUGGAAUAUGUGAGCCCAGUUAAAGUUUUACUAUGUUCAAAAUAUUUUGAAAUCGGUCAUUUUCGUAGUUCUUGCACACAUCAAUUAGAUGUAUGUAAAACUUGUGGGGAAGAAGUAACAGAUAUUAAACAACAUCUACUUCAAUGUAAUAAGCGACAAAAUUGUGUACGUUGCAAAGAUGAUCAUGAAUCAAAUGACAUUCGUUGCCCUUUGAUAAAAAGUUAUCGUUCAGCACUAACCAAAUCAUUAUUAACAACAAUAGCAACAACGAGUAAUAACAACAAUUAUCAAAAUAAACAGGGAUAUUUUCAAGUAACCGAGAGUGAAUUCCCAUUGUUUGUUAAUCGUCGUUCGAAUCACUUCAACGAUCGUUUAUCAACUUUAGAAGAUAGAAUGAAACAGCUUGACGAUAACUUAAAUCGAAUUAUCGACAUGAACGAACGAUUUAAAAAAGUAUUAAAUAAACAAAAACAAUUAAUGGAAAUACAACAGAUUGAUGUAACAUUUCAACAAGAAUUUGUUAGUCAAUUUGUUACUCCUGUUUGCCAACUUGUUUUAGAAAUUGUCCCAUCAUUAAUUGAGCAAAAUAUGGUCGAAGAUUCAUCAAUAUUAGUCCCAUCAUUAACAGCUUAUUGUGAUAAACUUGCAAAUGAGUUUACCAAAUGGGUGAGGAGACACACAGACAAUGAAGAUAAAAAACAUAAAUUUAUUAAAACUAAGGCAUUCUCAUCAACAACAAGAAGGUAAGACAACUCAGAGUGAUGAUAAUCAAAACGUCAUAUGACUCAAUAUCCUGAUGUGAUGAGACUAUCUCCUUUUGCCCCAGAAUUUUUUCGUGUUAUGCCUUCGAAAAAAAGAAAAUUUGAUAUCGACUAUGCCUUGUCUUUAACUGUUCCUAUUUUGUCAAAUUUUGACUUUUCUUUAUUGUCAGAUAUCUCUAACGAGUGGUACUCCUUCCCUACCCUGUCUACGUGUUUCUCUUCUUGGAGAGCUCUUGAGGUUUCUAGUCCCUCUUCGACUCUUCUUUCUAACUUGAAUGUGCUCUUAUUUAACGUCAGAGGACUUGAUGUACGUUGGCAUGAAGUACUUCUUUUAUUCGAAAAAGGUAAAGUAGAUUGUAUGAUUCUCUUAGAAAUUAGAGCAGUUGAUAAGGACAGAAGUUAAGUUUUUUUACCAGAAAGGCGAAAACAGUUGGGGUGGGAUAGUCUUAGUUUUUCGUUCCUCUUUCCAUUGUUCGCGUGUUCGUUGUGAUCUACCUAACGUAUGUGUGGUGGAUGUUAAGCUAGAAGAACCCCUUCGUAUUAUUGGACUGUAUACACCUAAGAGUAAGACAUGAAAAUGGGAUGAUUUAUCACAGUUUAAGGUUGAUAAGUGUUGGGUGAUUUUAACGUCGAUUUCGACGAUAAAGCGGAUAAAGAGAGAGCAGAGCAUCUUUGUAAAUGGUCCGAUUCGCUUUUUCUUGCUCCUGUUCUACCCGACUCUUCCACUUCUCUUCGUUCAAAUAGAAAGAUUGACUUUGCUUUUGUUUCUGGGAUGCCUCUCACGCUCCAAGCCUUAAAUUUUCAUGUGACAAGUGAUCAUAAAGCUCUUAUCUAGUCCUCCAACCAGAGCUGGGCAAGUCACGGGUUUUCCAAGUCAGAUCAAGUUACAAGUCAUGAGCUGAAAUGUUUCUGAAUCAUUAGUGCCUCAGCCACGUCGACAUACUGAUGACGUAACUUCCAA